AUUUUUUUUCUAUCAUGACAGACACAGUUUAGUCUUUCACUUCUCAGAAAAAUGAAUAACACAGCCUGUCCUCGUGCUAACUUUGACUUCAGCAGCAGAUUUCUGCCUCCUGUUUACAUCUUAGUGUUCAUCAUUGGUCUGGUGGCUAAUGGAUGGGGACUGAAGACUUUGUUGCAAAACUGGAAGAAAUUGGGAAACGUCAAUGUGUUUGUUUUCAACCUCGGACUUACAGAUGUUUUGUACCUGCUCACUCUACCAUAUCUUGUGGUGUACCACUUUAUGAAGAGUACAUGGAUCUUUGGAGACACAUUCUGCAAGAUAACAAGAUUCUGCUUCAACCUGAAUUUAUACAGCAGCAUCGGGUUUCUUACUUGUAUCAGUGUGUACAGGUACUUGGCCAUCGUCCAUCCCAUGAAGGUGAUGGGACGACUGAGUGUCACACACUCUGUGGUUAUUUCAGUCAUGGUUUGGCUGCUGGUGAGUGUUCAAAGUCUUCCAGACAUGUUCUUCACCAAAACAUAUGGAAACAAACCUGGGAAAUGUUAUGAAACCACCUCCACGUUCUACGUUGAGGAUUAUCUGAAAUACAGUCUUGGAUGGACAUUGACUGGGUUUUGUAUCCCACUCCUCAUCACACUGGGCUGUUAUGGACAUGUGAUUGUGACUCUGUACCGGAAAGAAAACAUUGACAAGGUACUGAAAAGGAAAUGUUUGAGGUUGUUGUUCAUCUUGGUUGUUCUCUUCUCUGUUUGUUACAUCCCCUAUCAUGUACUGAAGAACCUCAACCUCUGGUCUAGAGUUUUACAAAAAAGAAGGACAUGUUGUAGAUGGUUUAACGGAGUCUACAUCGCUCAUCAGAUAAGUCGUGGCCUUGUGAGUCUGAACAGUGCUCUGAACCCUCUGGUUUACCUUCAUGGAAGUGAAGAUGUUCCUGCUCAGCUCAGACAACAGCUCGAGGAGGCCGGUCAGAUGUUAAGGCGUCUCUAUUUUUCCAGCUUUGGUAGAGUGACUGUAUCACAAAGUAAUGAAGAUAUUUAAAACAAGCAAUGUUUGGUAAAAGUUGCUCAAACACUCCCAGUAACAAUCUGUCUGUUUCCUAAUGGUUCUAAAGACCCAUUUCCUCACCUGAAAGAGACAAAAGUAUCAGUCUGGAGCCACAAGUAAUAUUUUAGAAUAACCUCAACCUCAGGUUUGGUCAAAAAUACGAAUAUGCUGUCAGUGUUUGAAUGAAACCAUAUGUCUGAGACCCGGGCUUCUGUCAUUUGUUAUUAGGUCUUUUUUAAUCCAUGUGUUAUUCUUACUUUUGUUAUGAAACAGUGACACACAGUGGACCAUGAAAGUCACACAUUAAAAAUCUAACUUAAAAGAGAAAUGACUUCUUUUAAUGUGAAAAUGUGCAUUUAUUUAUUACAGGAUUGUCUCUGAAACUACAUAAUAUCACUGCUUUAUUGCUUGUGCUUGUGUUGGCUUUUUAUCUGUAAAGUUAAAUUUCCACCACUGCAGACAGUCUGUAAUAAAGAGUCUCAAGCUGA